ACCUCCAUACUGUGCGUGCUACCAUUGGAUAUAAUACAGCCCCAAAAGCAGAAAGAGUUGCUGAAGACAUAUCCGCCUGGAAGAACAGUAUACGCAGCCUUACAUAAUCACAAGCCUCCACACAUUAUUUGUAGUGAAGCAUUAUGGGUGGUCAGGUGUCCACUGACGAGAAUGUCCAUGUGGUGAUUGUUGGCGGCGGUUUUGGUGGCAUUGCAGCUGCUCAACACCUUAAACAUCAUGGAGUGCCCUUCAUGCUUAUUGACAUCCUGGAUGCAUUUCAUCACAACAUUGCAGCGCUGCGUGCCUCAGUUCAAGCUGGUUUCGCGAAACAGACAUUCAUACCAUACAAAGAGACAUUUGGACUAAAUUUCCUCCAAGGCCGUGUCACACAGAUAGACUCAAAAACACAGACAGUUGUGCUUGACAAUGGAAAGCAAGUACGUUAUUCACACCUCAUUCUGUGCACUGGAACAAGCGGACAUUUCCCAGGCAAACACAAUUCUGUGGACACCUACCAAUCAGCCAUUCAGAAGUAUGAGGACUUUGUCAAAGAGAUCCAAGAAGCAAACACGGUUGUAGUUGUUGGUGGUGGAACCACUGGUGUUGAAAUGGCUGCUGAGAUCAGGACUGAAUUCACUAAUAAGAAUGCGAUUCUGAUCCACCCGCGUGAGGAAGUGGCUGAUCCUGAUCUUUUACCUUCUGUCAAAGAACAAGCCAAACAGGUGCUGCUGGAAAAGGGGGUGGAGCUUUUGCUAGGGCGGAAAGUGACAAACCUUGAUGAGCUGGAAUUGAAUGUGUGUCGGAAAGGCAUGGAGAUCAAGACCAAUAAAAAUGAGCAGGUCACUGCUGAUCUAGUCAUCUGCUGCACAGGAAAUAAAAUCAACUCUGAUGCAUACAGGUCCACUCUGACUACAUGUAUGGCAGAGAGUGGUGCUCUGAAGGUGAACCAGCAUCUACAAGUAGAAGGCUUUGACAAUGUGUAUGCUGUGGGUGACUGUGCCAAUCUCAAUGAACCCAAGUUGGCGUAUCAUGCUGGACUUCAUGCUGCGGUUGCUGCCACCAAUAUCAUAAACAGUCUGAUGGGGAAAUGUUUAACCUCAUAUCGCACAGGAAAUGUUACUAUGCUGAUUGCUAUGGGCAAGGAUGCUGGAGUAGGCCAGUUUAAUGGCUAUAAACUACCUCAAUUUCUGGUCACCAAGGGAAAGAGCCAAAGCUUGCUGCUGUGGAAGAGCUGGAGAGAAAUGGGCCAAAAAGCCCCAAAUUAACACAAGGUUAACAAAAAAAUGUAACAUUAUACUCAAAAUGUCUAAACUAUAACACAGUUCCAUUUUACUUGAUCACUUUUUUAUCGUAAUGAUUUUUACAUUAAUCAUUGUGUUAAAAUUAAAUUAAAUUAAACCAGAGCAGCUGAAGGAUGAUAUUGUACAAAUAACCAUCAUUAUAUAUACGUAUAUAUAACAUUGUUUGUAAUCUUUUAUUGAACAAUCAAAAGCACCAUUUUAUAUAUCUAUACAUUUGUUUGCUAUUGUUAUUCCUCAUUGAUAGUAGUUUGCUCUAAUAUAUUCUUGCAUUGACCACGUGACGAACUGUUGGUGUUUCUCCACUAGAGGGCGGUCAUACAAUAUAAAUUAAAUCCCUGUUGCCUGGCCAACAAAACAAGAUGCUGUGUCACUCAAUAGAUAUUGUUUUUCAUAAUUAUUGAAAUGAAAAAUAAUACAUAAAGUGAUUUUUUAUUCUUUCAAAAAUGCUCCAAACCUUAACAACCAACUUUGUGAGUUUACUUAAAAUGAUUUAUAAACAGAGUAUGCCUUUACUUGUGCUUUUCUGAAAAGUGGAGCAAAUCAUAUGAACCUAAAUCAUUUUUAAGAACCAUUAAUGUUGUCUAAUUGGGUUUAUAAAUGUUUAGUGUGUCAUUUAUGCUCCUGGAAAUUUAAUCUGUUUGAUUCAGCAACACACUACAUUGUUGUCACACGACUUCAUCAUGCAUCAGAUAUGAAUAGUGUGGUGAUAUAAUUUUGGGGCUAAAAGGGUUGUUUUAGCAUUUUAAAUUCAAUUUAGUGUAAAAUCUAUUGACAGUUCAUUAAAAUCAGAAAUAUUCAUUUGCAGUUCGUUCAUCUGACUGAAAAGACCAAGAUAAGUGCACUGCACUAGAGAUGCAUAAAAUUCUGAACAAAGCCAGUCAGAACAGCUUUAUUGCUUCUUAAAUGUCCUGGUGCACUGGGUUACUGCACUGCCAAGAGAACUGGAGUCCAUCACAAAGAGCUGGAAAUCACUGCAGUCGGUGCAUCAAAAUGCCCCAUAAUGAUGCAGUCAUGUCUCAAGCUGGUGACUGGGAAGGUCGUUGGCAUUUAGUGUUCAUGAAACUCUUGAUAUAUUGUCCUGAAAUCAAGGUAUUGUGCUCUUUAUAUCAGGUUACACAUCUUUGCUCGUUGGCCUUGGAUACAAGUGGUCUUUAAAUGGCAAUACUGCCAUAAAUUCCAGCUUUGAGAAGCUCACAAGUCACAACCCACUGUUUGAGUUGAGUCUGGGUCACACAGGCACUGAUUCAAUUCAGAGGUUGCUUUAGUUUGGCUGCAGCUUUGUGAUAUUCAGCCAGUAUCCUGUGGGAUGUUGCCCUACUCCAGUAUGAAUGUCAGCUAGCGUUGUUCACGUUUGUAAUUUGUCCUUACUGUUAAGGAUAAUCAUUGCCAUGCAGUUUUAUAUUGUUUCAACAUGCUGUUUUUUUUUUUUUUUUUUUAAGUUAUAUU